UCUGGGCUGCAGAGGGGUCACCCUGACCCGCAUCUCCCACCAGGGCAAAAGCCCGGAAAGGCAGAGUGAGCUGCGACCGCCAGCCUGGGGACCUCUUUUAAAAUGACCCGCACGGACCCGCCGGACCUGUUGGUGUCGACCGUGUACCAGGACAUCAAGGUGGCGGCCCCCGGGCCCGCGUCGCGGCGCCCGCCAUGUGAGCGCCCCGUGCCCCCGCCAGCUGCGCCCGCGCCUUUCAACAAGCGCCACUGUCGCAGCUUCGACUUCCUGGAGGCGCUGGACGGGGAGGCCAUGGAGGCCCGACCCGAGCCGCCGCCCCCGGAGCCGGCCGCGCCGCGCGCCCGGCCCCGCGAUGGCGAGCCCCGGCGCCGCGCCCGCUCCAAGAGCAGCGCGCCCCGCGCGACCCCGGGCCUGGCGCCCGCGCCCGCCUCGCCGCCGGUGCUGCCGCGCCGAGGCCGGGAGGCCCAACGGACAGCGCGGGGCGAGGCAUCGCCGCAUCGGGAGCCCGCGUACCCGGCGCUGCGCGCGCUCGCCAAUGAAUUGCACCCCAUCAAGCUGCAGCCGCAGCGGGGCGGCCCCGGCCGCAUCGCGCCCCUCUGCGCCGCCACGGGCCGCUGCGCACCCCCCGAGCCGCCCGCCGGGCCUGCACCCCACGUCCGCUGCCGCCUGGACAUCAAGCCGGACGACGCGGUGCUGCAACACACCGCCCGGGGCUCGCGGUCCUGCGGGCCCGCGGAGACCAUGCCCUGGGCACGCCCUGCCCCGCAGCUCCACGGCCUCACGGUGCCCGGACCUCGCCACGUGGCGCUGUCGCGCACCCCCACCCCCAGUGACACGUACUGCGCGGAUCCGCGAGCGCUGUACUGCGACGGUCCCCUGCCUGGGCCCCGGGACUAUACGGAGCGCCGAAGUCUGCCCUUCACCACUCCGCCGGGUCCCACCCAAUUCUUCUACACCGAGGAGCCCGAGGGCCACGCUGGUGGCUUUACGGCCAGCCCUGGGCUGCCCUUCGACGGCUACUAUGCCAGGCCCUUCCCGUCGGAGGAGCCCCCUGUGCCCAGCCCAAGGCGCGGCGGCGGCGGCUACUACGCAGGUGAAGUGCGCACCUUCCCGGUCCAGGAGCCGCCCUCCCGUUCCUACUAUGGGGAGGCCGCUCGAGCCUACGGCCCGCCCUACGGCCCGCCCUGUGGCCCCCGCUAUGUUCCCGAGGAGCCGCCGCGGGCCCACCCCGCUCUCCGCCCCUUUUACACAGAGGACUUCGGGCGGUACCGCGAUCGCGACGUUCUAGCUCGGACUUACCCACACCCACGAGGCAGCCCCGCCUGGGGUGACUGGGGCCUGCGGCCUUACCGCACCCUGCAGGUGGUGCCUCCCCCGGACCCUGGCCCAUUGCUCGCCUCUUGGCACGGCGGCACCGGCACCAGCCCGCCCCGGUUGGUCACUGACAGCCGCCACUACUCGCGCUCCUGGGACAACAUCCUGGCGCCGGGGCCGCGCCGGGAGGACCCCCUGGGCCGCGGCCGCAGCUACGAAAACCUGCUGGGGCGAGAGGCACGGGAGCCGAGAGGCGCAUCCCCCGAAGGCCGGCGCCCGCCCGUCGUCGUGAACCUCUCCACCUCGCCCAGACGCUAUGCAGCGCUGUCUCUGUCCGAGACGUCGCUGUCGGAGAAGGGCCGCGUGGGCGAGGGCCCGGGCCGCAACUGGUAUGUCACGCCUGAGAUCACCAUCACCGACAACGACCUGCGAGCCGGGGAGCGACAGCCAGCCAGGGCCUGGGAGCUGCCGGGAGGGCGACCCCGGCCGUCUCCGCCCGCCGCCCCAGAUGGGCCCACUGGUGGCCGCCAGCGCAGCCUCGAGCAACUGGACGAGCUCAUCACCGACCUGGUCAUCGACUCUCGGCCCCCCGCGGGCCAAGCCCCGGAGCCCGCGGCCGAUGGACUGGGCCGCCAGCUGCGCCGCCUGCUGGACUCCAGGCCCGCGGGCUCCGGGGCACCCGCGCUGGCGCCGCGCUCGCCACCCGCGUCCGCCGGCAGCGCCGAGGAGCCGGCCGGCCAGGGGCAGGCUGCCGACGCGUCCCCGGAGCCCAGCGCCGACGAGGACGACCUGAUGACGUGCUCCAACGCACGCUGCCGGCGCACCGAGACCAUGUUCAACGCCUGCCUCUACUUCAAGUCCUGCCACAGCUGCUACACCUACUACUGCUCGCGCCUGUGUCGCCGCGAAGACUGGGACGCGCACAAGGCACGCUGCGUGUACGGCCGCGUGGGCAGCGUGUGCCGCCACGUGCUGCAGUUCUGCCGCGACAGCGGCCCCGUUCACCGCGCCUUCUCGCGCAUCGCGCGUGUCGGCUUCUUGUCGCGCGGUCGCGGCGUGCUCUUCCUGGGCUUCCCGAGCCCUGGCUCUGCAGACAACUUCCUGCGCUUCGGCCUCGAGGGGCUGCUGCUGUCGCCCACCUACCUGUCGCUGCGCGAGCUGGCCACGCACGCGGCGCCCCUGGGCAGCUAUGCGCGCGAGCUGGCCGCCGCCGGGCGCCUCUACGAGCCGGCCGAGUGCUUCUUGCUCAGUGUGUCGGUGGCCGUGGGCCCCGGCGCCACGCCCCCCGGCACCUCCGCCCGGCCCGCCCCCGCACCGCGCAGCCCUGGGCCCACGGUGCGUAAGUUCGCCAAGGUGGCGUUGGCGGCCGGCAGCCCGGCUCGACCGCCCCCGGCUCGAGGUCGCGAGGCCGACAUGGAGACGCUGAUCCUGACUCCGCCGCCAGGCACCGCAGGCCUGGACCAAGAAGGCGAGGCAGGCCGGCGCGCGCGCGAGGUGGCCUUCAUCCACAUCCAGCGCGAGCUGCGGCUGCGCGGCGUCUUCCUGCGCCACGAGUUCCCGCGCGUCUACGAACAGCUCUGCGAGUUCGUCGAGGCCAACCGGCGCUUCACGCCCACCACCAUCUACCCCACGGACCGGCGCACCGGCCGCCCCUUCAUGUGCAUGAUCAUGGCUGCCUCCGAGCCGCGCGCACUCGACUGGGUGGCCAGCGCCAACCUGCUGGACGACAUCAUGUGAGCGGUGGGGUCACCCCCGGCCUCCGCCCAGCCCGCUCAAACCCCGCCCAGUCCACAUUGGGCCCACCCCCGGGCUCCACCCAGCCCGCUCAGGCCCCGCCCAGUCCACGUUGGGUCCACCUCCGGGCUCCGCCCAGCCCGCUCAGGCCCCCGCCCAGUCCACAUUGGGCCCACCCCCGGGCUCCGCUCAGGCCCCGCCCAGUCCACAUUGGGUCCACCCCCGGCUCCACCCAGCCCGCUCAGGCCCCGCCCAGUCCACAUUGGGCCCACACACCCCCCUCCGGGCUCCGCCCAGUCCACACUGGGCCCACCCCUGGGCUCCGCCCAGCCCAUUCCACAUUGGGGCCUCCCCGGGCUCCGCCCAGUCCGCCUAGGGCCCACCCCCGAGCUCUGCUCCGCCUACUCAGACACCGACCAGUCCACCCAAGGCCCACCCGGAGCCCCACACAGCCCUCUCUGGGCCUGCGCAGUCCACCUAGGGCCCACUCCCAAGCUUUGCCUGCCCACCCAGACCCCGCGCAGCCCACCGGGAGCCCAGCCCGAUCCCUCAGGCCGGGCCGUGCUCCUCUCGUCUUUCUUCUGUUUGCCACAAGCUCUGCCCAGGUCCCGCCCCAUUGAGUUCGCCACAGGCCCCGCCUUUCAUUCCCCCUCCUCCGGCUCCCAGCUCCCAGCCAGCCCUGGGGCCUCCCCGGAGGUCGGUCCUCAGCCGCUUGGUGCUCCCCGCUGGGAGGCGGGGUGGGCCUGAGGACCGCCCGACCCUGCCUUCACGCGGAGGGGUCACUACCGCAGACCCCACCGCGAAGAUCCGGUCAGUCCAUUUCCUGACGUCCGCAAAGCCUCCCUGCAACCUCCCCAACCCUGGUUCUCCCUGAUCCAGGAGCCCCGGUUGCCCAAAGCCUCGUCCCGUCGCUUCAACGGUCCCCCCAACCCGCCUUCUGUGGUUUAGGGUGCAUCCUGCUCAGAGGCCUUUCCUCUCUGGCGGACACCCUGAUUAGUCCCAGUGUGUUCGUGUCCCGAGAUGACAAGGCUGGAGGGGGCCCCAGCAAGAUAAGAGCACGGCUGGACCCUGAGCCCGCACACUGGCGACGGAGUCCACACAUUGGCGACGCUACCCGCCCUCCGGUCCUCUCACCUCCAGCCGCCCUAACAUGGGUCCUACAGGAGGGUUUGGAACAAGCAGCAGUGGAGGGGGAUAGUCGGAGGUCUUCAACCAAGGCACAACACACCCAGACAGAGAGAGGGGCCUGGGCGGGGUGGGCGGGAGGAUGUGGGUGGGGGCGCUGGCAGGAUCCGGCCCAGAGCUGAGAGGUGAGGAGUCCUGGCUGUGUGUGAGUCGGCUGCCGGCCCACACGGACAGGAGGCCCCUAGGUGGGUGCCAGAACAGAGAGGGGGUGAAACCGGCAGCGCAGGCCCUAACCUCACAGGGAGGAGGGAAGCAAAUGCAGAGGGCGGAUGAACAGGAGGAACCACACAUGCCCAGAAGGGGCUCGUACCCACUAACGUAGGGAGGACAAAAAGAUUGGACUGCGGGGAAAGGGUGUCGGAGUGAGCCAGUUGAUCAGGGCAGGGGACGACUGGAGGUGUGGGGGCUUGACUACACGGACAUCCCGCGUGUGCUCGCUCUGGCCUUGCCCUGUGCUGAGGCCUAGAGACCCGAGGCAGGGGACUGGGCUCUGUUCCCGGGAGCGCACACUCAUUGGCCCACAGCCCUAGCUCCAUAAGGACAAAGUGAGAGGGGACCAGGCCGGCCUGGCAAGCUCCUCCUGGGGCUCCCAGCACUCCCUAACGGGGCCAGGAGAGGACAUCGAUUGAAUUGUGAACGUCCCCCACACCUCUGUUCCCGGCUCUCCUUCCGUGCCAUGCACCCUAGCCCAUCCCACAACGUCUGCGCGCCAACCUUGGCCUAUCAGCCUAGCGCGUUUGCAUCGGCCACGCGCCCCGCUUGCCCUACCCGCCUUCGUGGCCUCCCAAGUCCAGCCGCCAUGCCCCCUGCCCUAGGGCCUCAGCUUUCAGCCCCACGCCUGAGGGCCGGCUGGCCAGGAAUGAUCCUGGCUGGACUGGGAUUAUUUCCAGGGGGCGAAUGCUUUCAAACCAAGUAAAACAACUCGAAUGUA